AUGGUUAAGAAGCGGAAGUCGAAGACUAAUAGUAGUAAUGUUACAGAAUCUGCAUUCAACGGUAAUGGUAAUAACAUUAAUAAGGAAGAAUAUAUACCUUUAGGGGCUUUAAAAGAUGAAGACAUGUUAGAUUUAAAGAUGAUUUCACUGGAAGAACUAUUAGCUGAACGUGAAUUAGAUUACGAUGCUCGUUUCGAAUUUUUAGAUAGGUUAUUAAGGGACUCAAAGAGCUGGAAAGAUCCACAGUUGAAAUAUUCGUUGUUAUUAGAAAUGGUUAUAGUGGCUCUCUUAACAACAAGAGCUGGUCUUUCAGUUUUAGCACUUUUAAAACCGUCUGGUUCAAAUCCAUCAAUUCCAAAAUGUAUUUCGAAUCAGCGUAAAUGGCUAGCACAAGUCGAAAGAAAGGGCAAAUUACAUUCUGAUUUGAUAUCCCAAUGGCAAAGUGAUGAUGAUAUCUUUUUAAAAUUUUUGCAUUUUCUACUCAAGAAUGAAGAUGUAUGGUUACCUUGUGAAAAUGUUAACCAGUGUGAGUGGAAAGUACCGCUAUCGUUUUUGAUACAAUCCAAAUAUAGAGCAGCAGAAUUGAUUUUAGACCCCAGUUACAACUUAUUGGUAGAUUAUUUCUUAGCAGUGGUACCACUUUGUGAAAAAUGGCUUAGAAGAGCCAUUUCAUACGGUAAUGGCGUUCAUUUAAAACGCACAGUGAUUAAUUACAAUCGAGUUUAUGAUUUCUCAGGUUAUUUCACCUGGUACACUUUACAAACAAGAGGUUCCAACCAUCCCUUCGUGUCUCAACAAAUUUUGUUCGAUUUGAUUGACUCUGACGAUAAAGAAAUAGAAGCGGUUUCGCAAAUCGAAUCCAACGAUCAGGAGGAGAGGAUACAAAUAAUAGAUCAAAUACGUUCUGCUAUUCAAGAUAUUUCCUCGGCGUCAUUGAAUAGUGGAUUCUAUGGCGAUGAAGAUCGUUCUGCUCUUGAAGAAUACUCAGACAACUAUCAUCAUCAAGUGAAUCAAAAUGAGCAAGUUUUUUCAUUUGAUUUAAAUCAGGAUGGGUCAUUGGAAUUGCCCAAUUUAAUGUCUCACGCAGCAGUGCGACAUGAAAUUCUAAUGAAAGUUUUAAAAUUGAAUAAUUCAUCUUCACCAUUAUUACAAUUACAAUUUAAAAUAGUUGCCGGACUAGUGGAUCCUUUGACUCAACCGGCACCUAAUGAUAAACACGUUAUAUCUCUCGAUUUAUUGUAUCAGAUGUUUUUGGGAUUUUUGACACCUGAAAUUCAGCAAACUCUAGAAUUCGAAGAAGGUUGUGAUUGGAGAUUCCAUGUUUGUUUUAAUAUGCAAAAGAUUAUUGAUGCCUCUUUGGUUAGAUUAAACUUUGACGAUUUUGAGCGGCUAAAUUCGAUUAACAAUAGCGACGAUAACGUCGAUUGGAGAAGUCAGCUGGAUAAAUGGUUACCGCAUGGAUUUAAUACUCAGGAUUUAGAACUCAUCUGCAUGGUAGACAUCAUUGCCGUUUACACAAUAUACAAAUUAUAUGAACAUUUGCCAAUACAACUAAAUCCUUUCCUAUCAUCACUCAUAUCGUUAUGGAAAAAUUUGACCUGUGUCAUUCUCCUUGGUUUAGAAAUUGAUCGUAUCGAAGAAGAACUCGAGACGUUUGACACACCUUUAAUGGUACGUGCUACUAUUCGUGGUGCUGCUGCCCUAAGGGCCAUUGUAGCUACGGUGUUGAACGGUCACGUUGAGGCUACUAAGCAUGAUAUCAAGCACGAAUCAUUGAACACUUUCAUGUCUCCUCACGGAAGAAAGCUUUGUCAAGGUGCGCUCUACGCUGAACUAAGAUCACAUGCAGCUGCUCUAUUAGCACUUGGUUCUGAACUCGAAGAUGUCACAAGCCUUUUCUCAGAUUUACAACCGGGCGACCGUUUCGACGAAGAUGUCAGAUACAUGUUCGAGUAUGAGUUUGAAGAUUAUAACGAUCUUUCAUCAAGAGAAGAAGAUUACUCAGGAUUCGACAAAUAUGACGAUUACACAGAUAGUUCGAAGACUCAUGCGCGUAAAGGAUUUGGUAGAAGAUGUAACUGCAUUUUUGAUGACGAUGAAAUGUUAGAGGAUGAGGAUUAUGAAAACGAAUACGAAGGUCAUAAAGCUCCAAAACAAAUUCUACCACAACAAAACCCAACUACAUCAGUGUCAAUGUCAACGACAGGUAAACCCCAUGCAAUUAGGUCUGGAGGUUCAUUUGAAUUUGACUACAGUGGAAAAGAUUGGAGAGAUAUUCCUCGGAUGUCUAAUCUUUACUACUCACCAAACUACCAUUUCGUUGAAGAUUUAGAUCCGAACACAAUUAUUUCUUUGACAAACAAAGCUACCAAACAAAGUCUCAGCAAGAUAGAAUCAUUACUUCUCUUAGGCUCUGUGGCUACCUGUGUGAAAAACGAGCAAGAUGAAAUUGUCUUAGGUAACAUUACAGAGCUUCAUCACCAAAAUGGUAGCCGCGGUUCUCAAGUUAUUGACAAAUUGAAAGAUAUUUCACCUGAUGAUAUUUACGAGAUGUGGUGUAAAGAUUCGACUUUCGAAAAAAUGGUAUAUUGUAAUCACGAAGUUGCAUGGAGACUGAUGGAUGAAAUGUUGAUGUGUAGUGGGUUUCGUAGAGUUCUCAUAUGGUUUAUUACCCACAUGGAAUUAAAUCACUCUUUGAUUCACUACAUUUUUGAACUGGUAAUGGGCCUAAGGAAAUCUUUUGAUGAAAACAACGAAAAUGAUAAUGGGGACGAAUCAAUAAGCGAAAUGACCAAGGAGGCCCCUGAAGUACGAACUUCUUUGCCUUUUUCAAGACAAGGUUCGAUACAGUUGUCCAGCAUUGAAACUAAAAUGCUUUUACAAGAAUUUUUCACAAAUGCCGCCAUCUUUUUGACGGAGAAAUCCAAGGAGUGGAUAGGUGAAGAACCUAUGGAAGAUGAAGCUACCAUUAACGAUGGUGAAAAUGGCAAUGUGUCUCUUUAUGCAGUAGGCCUCAUGAAAUUAAUUUGCCUGAUGGUCAGAGCUUUCAUUAAAAAGGGUAAGUUUGAUUUCCGUGAAUCUGAAUGUGUCUUUGAAUUGCAAACGCUUUUGAUGAAUUGGAUUGCCAUUAUACCGGAGGCCAAAGAUUUAUUCUUUGAAUUGAAAGCUCUGGUAGCAGAAGUGCAUAGCGAUCCAAUGGAUGAUGAAGAGUUGAGUAACAAUCCACCAGAUUCUAAUAAGAAGUUAUCUAGUAUGGUUGAAAAUGAUAAUAUUAAUGGGAAUGAGGCUGUUGAUUCGGAGUACAAUCGAAAGCUAAUAAGUCUUUUAUCACCCGUUAUGCAUCGCAAGGAGGAAAAUGCUGCUGUGGUAGCGUUGAGGAAUUUCAUUAAAAAAUAUUCCUUUGAUACUACUGUUCCGCUAAUAGGGCGUAAGGUAGUCUACGAAGGUAAUGAGAUUUUACCUCUGCCCGAAUCUGAGACUCCAAUGAGUCUCCUUGAUUAUCUGGUAGAUAACUAUCCUCCUAACGUCGAGCACUACGAGUAG